AUGUCUGUGAACAGCAGCUCUGUGGCUGAAGACCAGUCCAAAGCAAACUGCACCGAUGCUCGUGAGUGGGUCUACAGCUUUGUCCCGGUGUACAUCCUGUCCAUCUCCGUGCUGGGAAUGGCGUUGAACAUCUUUGUUCUGAUGGUUUUCAUCCUCCAUAAGAAGUCCUGCUCCGUGGCUGAGAUCUACAUGGGAAACCUGGCUGCUGCUGACUUGCUUCUGACCUCCUUCUUGCCUUUCUGGGCUGUUAGUGGUUGGAAUCGGUUCGAGUGGAAGUUUGGUCUCGCUAUGUGCAAAAUCGUCAAUGUGGCGAUUCCGAUGAACGUCUACUGCAGCAUCUACUUCCUGAUUCUGGUCAGCAGCGAUCGGUACCUGGCUCUGGUCCACCCGCUGUCUCAUCAAAAACUGCGUCGGCCAAAAUGUGCUAAAAUUUCUUGCGUCCUGGUUUGGAUUCUGGGUUUCCUUCUCAGUCUUCCGAAGCUCAUCAACCGGACUGUGGAAGGGUUCAAUUGUCAGGAAAAACACCUAGUCAUAUCUCUCAUAAGCGACAUCAUGUUUUUGGUGUUUGGGUUUUUUAUUCCCAUUUCAAUCAUCCUGUUCUGCACCAUCAAGAUUCUCCAAACUCUAGGAAGCAGAUUUAUGGAAGAGGAAAAAGCAAAGAGGAAGGAUAGGAAGGCCACCACUUUGGUCCUGGCCGUCUUGCUGGCAUUCCUGAUCUGCUGGGUUCCAUUUUAUCUGAUCAAGAUACCAUCCCUGCUCAACGAUUAUGGUUACCUGCAGGACUGUAACUCUAGAAUCAUCAUGUUCUACUGUGGGCAGAUCUUCAUGUACCUAGGCAUCUUCAACAGCGUUCUUAAUCCGAUUCUCUACGUCAUUGUUGGGAAAAACUUUAGAGAGAAAGUUAGGGAGCUCUUCACGCAGUGGAACCACCAGAGAAGUUCCACCAUCGGCCUAACAUCUGCAAGUACAAAGUUUUUAAGAAGUGUUAAACCCCAACAUACCAACUUGUAUGUGUGUCAAAAGCAACUCGGUUAAAAUAUUAUCAUAUUUCUGUCGAAAUUUCAUAUCCUGGCUCCAGUUUUAUAUCUUUCUUUAUCAGCUGCUGAACAGUUGAUCAGUGAGACGAUUGCUCAACAGUUCUAGAAGAAUCCUCCAGAAAUCAGGGGAAGAACAUCAUCUGGUUCCUCUAAUUCAUCACAAACAGAAGCUAACAUUGAAGA